GUACCGCCAGCACCCUCUUUGUCCCUCUACAAUAGGGCUCUAGGAGCWCGGGCGAGCCUGCCGCUUUAAAGCCGGACUGUUCACUUUUAUCACUACUUACGCCUGCUGUUCCCUUGCCGGAGCGCUCAGAACAAUUUGAAACAACAGGCGAUAUUUAUUUCUAGCGCUGCRUCUCACGCUCCGCGGGAGCGCUCGUAAUUCGCACACUGUUACUUACCCAAACUUCCGCGAGGCUUUCCUACGGACCGGACAGCGCYGGCUGUGGAUUAGGACAGAUUUAACACACCCUGUUUAUUGGCUGAGCCCGCUGAGGGAAGCCCCGGUGCUGGGUUUUGCUGUAGUGCCCGGGCUAUGCUCGGUAGGUGGCCGGCGCGACACGCAGGGCGGCGGGGCUGUGCCGCCCGGAGCUGACACCGGAGGAUGCUGCACGACCCCGGACCGCCCGCGGAAGGACAGAGAGAGGCUCUCCCCRGCUCCUGGCAGAGCAUUUCCCUGCGUGUCAGCGCCAGAGGCACCAGCAUGAUUGUUCUCUGUCUCUCUGGGACGAAAGGAGAAUUUCCCCGUCGGGAGCGCGGUGACAGUGGCAGUGCGGUGUGACUGCGAGGYUCGGGAGAGGACACUGCCAGGAGGGCACCGCUGAGGAAGAGAGCCCAACUCCCUGCUAGGAUUCAGCUGUGCAGGAGAUUCUUUGGUGGAUUACAAACUCAUCGGGCUUCAACUUGAGAAGGAGAAUGACAGCUCAGACACUUAAACCAGGCUUGUCACCAUCCUGGAAAAGAACUGGCUCCUMGAAUUUGGAGGGUUUUUAAUGCUCUACCUCCCUCUGCUGUUACCAGCGAGAAGUUGCUCGACAAUGGGAAAUCAUGUACUCGCGGCUUCGAUUUCCAUGCUCUCGCUGCUGGUGCUGAUGGGAGACACGGACAGUAAAACAGAGAGUUCYUUCCUGCUGGACUCGGACCCCAGCCGCUGCAUGAGGCACCACUACGUGGACUCCAUCAGCCACCCUYUGUACAAGUGCAGCUCCAAGAUGGUGCUGCUGGCUCGCUGCGAGGGCCGCUGCAGCCAGACGUCGCGCUCGGAGCCCAUGGUUUCCUUCAGCACGGUCCUGAAGCAGCCCUUCCGCUCCAGCUGCCACUGCUGCCGGCCCCAGAGCUCCAAGCUGAAGGCCAUGAGGCUGCGCUGCUCGGGGGGAAUGCGGCUCACGGCCACUUACCGCUACAUCCUGUCCUGCCACUGCGAGGAGUGCAACUCCUAGGGACCGGGGACACGGGGACACGGGGACACGCCCGACAAAUAAUCUGAGCUCAGGCCAGCACACCAUGGCAGCUAGGACAGGACUAAGCAGGCUGGACUGGAUCUGAGACCAGAAGUACAAAAGAUCCCGGGCUGCUGGAUGGUGCUGGUUCUGCAGUGUGGGCCGUGACAAAGGCAAAAGCGUGAGGACUUGUGUUUAAGAAGCCUUUCUUUUUUUAUGAAAGGGUAUUUUUGAGAGUUUCUUCUUUUUCAGACUCAGCUCUGACUACAGAGAGGUGCUUUUACUUUAGGCCAUGGGCAGCGGGGGAGCAGAGAAGGUCAGCCAGAUGACGGCACUGCAAUCUGGAGUUGACAUUUGGACAGAGGAUGGGCAUCAGUUCCCACAGACAACCUCUUAACCUAUYGAUUUAUUCUCAGUUUUCUAGUCGUACUGGCCUUCAAAACAAACUGUGCUGUUGGCAAGGGUCAUCUGUUACUGAUCUAGCGGCCAAAUGCUGGAUAACUCUAACUGUGGUUUAGCAGAAAUUGCAAAUAAACCAUUGAAAAGUGAACUGCAUAUGAAAUGCCAUGCUUGGAACACCCAGCCUAGCUGAAACAAUUAUUUGCACUGUGUGUCAUCAGAGUUCAGUGGCUGAGUAACUCUUGGGAAGGCAAARGUCAUGAGACUCACUAUUCCCUUCUAAAAGCCUGGAAAUGUGACACAUCACAUCUGUCCCAAAAGCCAUUAUUCAAAAGCUAAAAACUUUUCAAAUAUUAAAAUGCCACAUACUAAAUGGAGUGACUUCUUAACUUGAGUAGACCUGUUGAUGUACAGAACCACAGCCACCAAAAUGAUGACUAAACCUAGGACUUCACCUAUAGCUCUUAGGUCACUGGACAAAUACUAGUUUGGCCUUUUAGAGAGAGGCAAUCCCCAAAUCCUAAAUCUCAAAACAGCAGGGGAUCCAAAGGUUGGGAAUUAUAUUCGGUGUUUUCAAAGAAAUUCUGUCCCUGCUCCAUUAACAUGAGGUUUUAGGAAGGUUCACUCACAGUCUCUUGUGACUGCAAGGAAGCAACAAAACAUUCCUAUGUCAGAUUACAGUUAUUUUCUUCUUAAACAGCAGCAUAUCCAGCCAGCAGCAUGUCUGUGCUGCUCACACAAACCUGGCUGAGCCAUGGUUUUGGCAGAACUCAUGAAAGUGCUGAGAGCACCUUUGCUGUGUAAGGAUUURGGGUCAGCAGCACCCACGUGCACAGUCCCACAGUCGUUCUCUGGGACAGACUGGAUUGGCUCCCAUGCACAGAAAUGUCCCCAUGGCA